AUGAAUUCAAUUAUUAAUGCUGCUUCGAAAGUCUUAAGACUCCAAGACGAUGUGAAGAAGGCUACUAUAAUAUUAGGAGAUAUACUGAUAUUACAACCAAUUAAUCACGAAGUUGAACCAGAUGUAGAAAACUUGGUACAGCAUGAACUAACCAAGAUAAUACAAGGUUAUCCCAUACAGGAUAAUAUGAUUAUUAAUAGCAAAAAAGGCACAGUUGAAGAUGACUUAUGCGAACUCAAUAACUAUACCUGUUUUGCACUUUCGAAAAGCUUUGAUUUAUGCCAUGAUAGCAGAAAUUUCAACAUAGCGCAGCCGAAACGAUGGAUACAAUUAUUAGAGACAUUAACUGACUCAGUUAGUUUCGCAGUUAUUGUUCAAAUUAUUCUCACUUUAUCUAACAUUUCGCUAAUAAAUAAACAAACCUUGGGGAAGUUAAAAAAACUGAGGAUUCGAAUUUUCGAAAUACUAUCAAAUAAAAACGAUAGUUGGAAAUCUACAUUACUACAGAAAAAUCUUAUAGAAUGGUACAUUUUUAUGCUUUCCGUGGAUUGCACACCUUUAGAAUUGCAAAACUUAUAUCUCCAUAAGGAGUUGAAAUUCUGUAACGGUAUCUUGAAUUCAUUAACACUCCAAGUUUCUGAUCCUCGCUCACAAAAUUACCUGCAAUUUGAGAACACGUAUAAGCUUUUUCAAAUACAAAAGUCAUCUAGAAUUAACAACUCGUUCCUUUUUUACAUAGAAUUCAAUUCCGUUACCUCAAAUAGGAUAAUGACCAUAGAAAGACACAUUUAUUUGGAAAUUAAGGAAGGCCAGUUUUGUAUUUCAAAUGAUAACUACAUAAUCGGUUUAUUUGAAAACUUCGAAUUCGAAGCGGGCACUUUGUACUUUAUUGGAGUUUUAAUUGAUCACAAUAAUCGAAUAACUCUUUAUGUUGAUGGAAGUAUGAUCAAUCAGCUCACGUUAUUUGAAAACUCUAUAUGCCAAUUAAGCACUUGUGAACUGGGAUCCAUGAUUUGUUCAAUUAAAGUAUAUAGAUUUUAUUUGUGGGAUGGAUUAUUAACAGAAUUUGCGAUAAAUAUACUUCAAGCUAUCGGCACCAAUUACCAAUAUACAUUUAGCAAGAAAAAAGAAGGGCCUGAAGUUUUAUCGCUCUGCCAAGACUUUUUGAUCGCUAAGGCUCAUUUAAUGGCCAGGCCUACAACAGAAAUAUCUUCCACAAAAUACAUCGAUGAGAUUGAACUUCUUGAAAUGGAAAAUAUCAUUAUUGAUGUUAACCCAAAUGAUAUUCUUCAAGAUUUCACCGAAUCGUCUAAUUUUACGGUAAAAUUUGAGGAAAGCACGAACUCGAAAAAUAUUCCGGAAGUGGGUAAGUGCUAUUUCUAUAGGAGUUCAAACUUGGUUUCAAAAUUUGUGUCCAUUGAUUCUAUACGGCUUGCGUUUUUAAACAUGACAGAAUCCGGUAGUAUAGACGAUCUGUUUCAUCAUGUAUCACAUCUGAUGAAUCUUUUACGAAAUAUUGAUAUUCUUAAUUGGUUUAAAAAAGACUUUGGCUUUCCUUUAUUUGCUUAUACUUUAAAACAAAAAAUAACACAAGAUUUAUCUCAGCCUCUGAAUAUCCAAUUUUUCAAUUUAUUCUUAGAAUUUUGCGGGUGGGAUUUCAACGAUAUUUCCAAAUCCAUAAUUCUAGAUACUGAUGCCUACGAAAACAUAGUCCUUAACUUGGAUUUAUGGUAUAUGAAUGAGGAUCAAAGUUCUCUGGCGUCAGGCGGAUUAGAAAUUAUCAGAUUUCUUUUCUUCCAAAUUUCAAGUUUGAUGGAAGCCUCUAUUUAUUCUAAGUUCAAUUCCAAUAAAUUCAAUGAUAUGAAUAUCCUAGAAAAACUAUGUUUAAGCUAUCAGGCUGUCACAAAAAGAGAAAAUCAGAACAGUAAAUUUAAUGAGCUAUCAAGUGAUUUAAUUUCUGUAUUUGUUACUUUAUUGAAAAGCAAUACUGAUAAACGACAUCUGCAGUGGUUUUUACAUCUCUCAUAUUACUUUAUUAAGAGAAAAGAUGUACGUUCUACAGAGAUUAUACUUCAAGCGGUAGAUCAACUUUUUUCGUUUUACUUAGAUCAAGGUAGUGACGAAAAUGCGAAGAUACUUUCAGAGAUUAUACCACUUAAGCUAAUACUGAUGAUUAUGGAUCAAAUAGUGGAAAAUAAUGAAUCAAACCCUAUUACGUGCUUGAAUAUCUUAUUUAAGGUAGUUCUGACCAAUAAACCGCUUUUCAAACAAUUUUACAAAAAUGAUGGUUUGAAACUCAUAUUGACUAUGCUUUGUAAGGUAGGGAAAAGCUAUCGAGAGGAGAUUAUUUCUUUGCUUCUCACAUAUUCUAUUGGCAAUUAUACCACAGCUAACGAAAUAUUUUCAGGUGCUGAAGACAUGAUUGGAGGAAUUUCAAACGACAAGAUAACUGCAAAAGAAAUUAUUUAUUUGGCUGUCAACUUCAUUGAGUGGCAUGUGAUUAAUUCUAAUGCCAGUGAUUCUUCUUCUGUAUUGGACCUGAACAACCAUAUAUUAAGAUUCGUCGAAGAUCUGAAAUCGCUGAGCGCUGUUCCGAUUAAUGAAUCUGUAUUUGAUCCUAAAAAAAGUUAUGUGAUGGUUUCAUUAUUAGAUCUCUCGAUAGCUUUGAAUGAAUCGGAGGACAUCUCAAAGUUCAAGAGCUCUUCAAAAGUGAUUUCAGAGCUCAUUAAAGGUAAUAUAAUGUGUGCUCUUACGAAAUAUGCCGCUUAUGAUUUCGAAGUCUAUAUGAGCACAUUUUUUUGUCACAGUACAGAAUACAAACUGGUUUAUCCAAAAACUGUAAUGAACAAUUCCAGUUACUUAGAGCUAUCAUUUAUAGUGACACUCCUACCCGAAAUACUUAAUGACCUGGUAGAUAGCAAUAACAAUUUGAACCUGAUGAUGUUGAAGCAUCCAUACACGAUGUCAAAUCUCCUUUAUUUUCUUCGCAAAUUUCGACCUGAUACGUCACAGAUAGUUAUGCCUAAAGAUUUUUAUUUCUCAAGUUAUACAUGUCUCUUGCAUUGUGUUAUUCAGAUUGAUAAAUCAUCAUUUUACCAUUUCAAAAACGUUUCUAAGUCGCAACUGUUACAGGACUUCAAAAUCUGCAUAAUGAACUUAAUAUAUUCCAAUACUCUAAAGCAGAUAAUCUGGGAGAAAGAAGAAUACGAGAUGUUUUCUGAGUCACUGAUGGCGCAUCAGGAAGUUUUAUUUGCACAUGGAGCAUGUGAUAAUGAGACCGUUGGCUUAUUGUUAAUAUUUUUUGCCAACAGAUUACGUGAUUGUGGAUACAACAAAGCAGUCUUCAAUUGUAUGAAAGUGAUCAUUAAGAACAAGGAAAGGAAACUAAAGGAGGUGGCGUGUUUUUUUGACCCAGCGAAUAAAAGUGAAGUACUCGAAGGUUUAAGUAAUAUCCUCUCAUGCAAUAACUCUGAAACAAUGAACCUCAUAACUGAACAAUACCCAUUUUUUUUCAACAAUACACAACAGGUACGGUUCAUAAACAUUGUCACCAAUAUCUUGUUUAAGAACAACAAUUUUUCUCCAAUAAGCGUUAGACAGAUCAAAAACCAAGUUUACGAAUGGAAAAAUGCAAGAUCAGAAUACGUCACCCAAAACAAUAAAAAGUGCCUUAUUUUAUUUAGAAAAGACAACACAUCCUUAGAUUUUAAAAUCAAAAAGUCCAUAUCAAGAUACACUUACAACCUCAAAACGGAUAGAGAAGAAAAUGCAGUUUUCUAUCGAAAUAAUUUAAAUCUUUUGAUUUUUCAUCUGAAACAUACACUGGAGAUACAAUCAAAUCCAAAUUCGUCCUGCAAGUGGUCAUCGGACUUUGCAGAAGAUUUUGAUGGGAUGAAACGGAGGCUUUUGCCUGCUUGGGAACCAAAAUAUGAACCACUCAUUAACGAGGAAGAUGCUAAUCAAGAUACUAUAACAGGUGGUAACAGACAAAGGAGAGAAAGUGGAAGCAUUUUAUCCUACGAAUUUAUCGAACAUAUGGAGACUCUUGAGUCGGAGCCAGUUGGAGAUUUGAAUGAGAAUAGAAAAAUUCUUAGACUUUUGAAGGAUAACGAUUCCAUUGCAACUAUUUGGAAUUGCAGUUUGAUUAUUGGAUUAGAAAUUAAGGAGGGGAUUUUAAUUCAUGGCAGUAAUUACCUUUACUUUGUAAGUGAUUACUAUUUUAGUUUAGAGGAUAAAAAGAUUCUAAAAUUAUCAGAAGUAUCGCAAGAAUCACGGGAUAUGACGGUUAGCUUAAUUAACGGCCCUGAUGUUAAAAGGGUAUCAACUUUCCUAAAGCACGAAGUCUUUGUUUGGAAACUUCUCGAUAUCACUUUCGUUACCAAACGACCCUUUCUACUUCGGGAUGUCGCCAUCGAAUUAUUGUUCAAAGAGAGAGUUAGCGCUUUUUUUAGUUUUUACAACAAAAGAGUGAGAGAUGACGUUUUACGGGUACUGAAUAAGAUCCCGAAGCACCUUCCAGCAGAUCCAAUUUUUUCAAGCGUUUUACAAGAAAUAAACGACCGAGGAAAUAGUAUAGUGGCAAGAAAUGGAAUAGGAAAGGCAAGCAUUGCUUCUAAAUUCACUAGCGUCUUCUCAGCGAACAACAGCCUAAUAGAUGGAUUUGAGAUCAGCAAAAAAUGGGUUAGGGGAGAGAUUUCUAAUUUUUAUUACCUGUUGAGUAUCAACAUCCUAGCGGGAAGGUCAUUCAACGAUUUGACCCAAUAUCCAGUGUUUCCGUGGGUUAUUGCAGAUUACGAAAGUAACGUACUCGAUUUAGAGAAUCCUAAAACUUACCGGGACCUAUCGAAACCUAUGGGCGCUCAAAGUGAGAAAAGGAAAUUACAGUUUAUAGAGCGUUAUGAAGCUUUGGCUUCCCUGGAAAAUGCUGAUUCCGCACCAUUUCAUUAUGGCACGCAUUAUUCCUCAGCUAUGAUAGUAUCUUCAUAUCUGAUAAGGCUGAAGCCCUUUGUCGAAUCCUUUUUGUUAUUGCAAGGCGGAAGUUUUGGCCCUGCAGAUCGUUUAUUUAGUUCGCUUGAAAGGGCCUGGAGCUCUGCUUCUUCUGAAAAUACAACGGAUGUCAGGGAAUUGACACCUGAAUUUUUUUUUCUACCUGAAUUUUUGAUCAACGUUAAUAGUUAUGACUUUGGUACAGACCAAAGCGGUAAAAAAGUUGACGACGUCGUACUUCCACCCUGGGCAAAUGGUGACCCAAAGGUUUUCAUUCAAAAGAAUAGAGAAGCUUUAGAAAGUCCUUAUGUAUCAGCACAUUUACAUGAAUGGAUUGAUUUGAUAUUUGGUUACAAACAAAAGGGGGACAUUGCUGUGAAAUCUGUUAACGUAUUCAACAGAUUGAGUUACCCAGGCGCUGUAAAUCUAGAUAACAUUGACGAUGAAAAUGAGCGCAGAGCUAUCACAGGCAUUAUUCACAACUUUGGUCAAACGCCUUUACAAAUAUUUCAGGAACCUCAUCCGGAAAAAAUAGCCUGCAAUGUUCAACAGCUAACAACAGAGGUAUGGCGUAAGGUUCCAAUGAAGCCAAUAUUUGAGAAGACAAUCUUUAAUUUGAAUGAAAAGAACAGGUCCGUCGAUUAUGUUAUACACGAUCCUAGUUACUUCGAUUCAUUAUACUGGAGGGGCUUCGCUUUCCCAAACUUGUUUUUCAGAACGGAAGAAUCGUUAGUGUCAUUGAGAAUUGUGCAUAAAAAUUGGUUAAAAAUUGGACUAGAUAUUUUUAAAAAGACGCAUAUGGCUCAGAUUACAUCGUUUGCGUACUGGAAGUUGGGCGAAUUCAUAACUGGCGAUAAAAAUGGGCUGAUAAAAGUUUGGAAAUAUCGUAAAGAUAAGCAUUCGGUUUCAGGUAACCUUGAGAACAAAAAAACAAUGUUUGGGCACCUAUGCGAGCUAAAGGAGAUGCGCUGUUAUCACGACUACAAUACGCUUUUAACCUUAGACAUCAGCGGCUUAGUAUAUGUCUGGGACAUGAUUAAUUUCGAACUAGUAAGGCAAAUAACAAAUGAUGCGCAAAAGGUCGCAAUAUCUCAACAUGCAGGGAGCAUUAUGGUAUUGACUAAGAAUAACGCCAUUUCGAUCUUCAAUCUAAAUGGACAAAUAUAUACAUCAAAGAAAUUCGAACCAGCUAAAAUUGUAAGCUCAAUUGAUUUUUUUGACUUCACUAAGUUAGACGCAGGUUACAGAAAGCAUAUCUAUUGGAAAGAGAUGGAAAUACUACUAGUGGGCUUUGAAGAUGGAACUAUAGAAAUUUACGAGCUCUUUUUGAAUUUUCAUAAUGAAUGGGCGAUAAAGCUACUGAAGCAGCUCUGUACCGAAAAAGGGAAAGCCAUAACUAGCAUUAAGGGACAGGGGAAGACAUACCUGUCCCAGAAAAGACGCAAGGAUACAGCAGAGCCUCAUGAGAUAGAAGUGAUUGCGGGAACAUUAGAUGGCAGAUUAGCUAUUUGGUACUAG